UCGAGUUUUAUCCUCAUUACGUGUCCACGGCCAUUGUCAGCGGAUUUAAUUUACCCGAAGAACAUAGCCCAUUCAUUGUCUACAAUAUGCACCUUAUUCUUACUGGUGCAACGGGCUUGGUGGGCUCAUCAGUUCUCGAUGCCAUGCUAAGAAGUGCGGAGGUUGCCAAAAUCACUAUCCUUAGUCGCAGGCCUGUGCCAAUGGCGGAGGAUGUAAAAGAUCCGCGAAUCCAAGUCUUAAUUCAUGAAAAUUUCCAACAUUAUGAGCCAGAGUUACUCCAGAAGUUGAAAGACGCAGAUGGAUGCGUCUGGGCUUUAGGAACGAGCACAACAACUGUCACAGAGAGUCAGUAUGUCAAGAUUACCAAGGACUAUGCCCUCUCUGCGGCGAAAGCCUUUUCCACCCUCAAGUCCUCGAAGCCACCAUUUCGAGUAAAGGGCGAGACUGAGAAACUGCUCAGUGACCUGUCCACCACGAACCCACUACUUCGUGUCGAUAGCGUGAGACCAGGCUUUGUUGACGCGGCAGCGCAUGGUACCAUUCAAUCGUAUGUUCCUAACCAUGCAGUCAGUGGACUUGGUGCAAGGAUUGGAAUCGCUUUGGCAGGGCCUCCGAUACGGCAUAUUUUUACCGGGAUGCACUGUCCAACCGAGCAUCUAGGCAAAUUCCUAACGGAUAUGGCUAUGGGCAAGGUAGACGGGAAACUCGAGGGCACGGGAGUAUCCAAACGGGGCAGUGGCUGGGUAGUACAGAAUAUUGGUUUACGACGGUUAUCAGGACUAUGA